CGCAGCAUUGCGGUUCCCUGCCCGGGCCGCCCCUCCGCAGGAACCGCUGGGGGCUGUACCCACAAUGCCGUGCGGCGCUGCCCGCUCCGCUCCGUCAUGGAGGCGGCCGGCGCAGCUGGCGCAGCUGGCGCAGCCCCGCUGCCCGCCGCCGCUUGGUCUCUCACCUCCUGAGUGCCGCGCACCCCUCGGGCUCCAGCAUGAGCGGCGGCGGCGGCAGCGGCGGCGGCGGCGGCUCCUCCUCGGCACCCGGCCGCUUCGCCGACUACUUCGUGAUCUGCGGGCUGGACACUGAGACCGGGCUGGAGCCGGACGAGCUCUCCGCUUUAUGCCAGUAUAUACAGGCCUCUAAAACCCGAGAUGGUGCCAGCCGUUUCAUUUCAAGUGCAACAGAAGGGGAAAACUUUGAGCAGACUCCUUUAAGACGCACAUUUAAAUCCAAAGUUCUUGCUCGCUAUCCUGAGAAUGUUGAAUGGAACCCUUUUGACCAGGAUGCAGUGGGAAUGCUGUGUAUGCCUAAAGGGCUUGCUUUCAAGACACAAGCAGAUUCCAGAGAACCUCAAUUCCACUCUUUUAUUAUUACUCGUGAAGAUGGCUCACGGACAUUUGGAUUUUCUCUCACGUUUUUUGAGGAAGUUACUAGCAAACAGAUCUGCAGUGCAAUGCAGACAUUGUAUCAUAUGCACAAUGCUGAAUAUGACAUUCUUCAUACUCCACCCACAAAUGACAAAGAUAGCUGCAGCAGCACUGGAGACUGCAAUGGCACUUCUGUUUCAAAGCUGCAGCGUUUUAACUCCUAUGACAUCAGCAGAGACACUCUUUAUGUCUCAAAGUGCAUUUGUCUGAUUACUCCAAUGUCUUUUAUGAAAGCUUGUAAGAAAGUAUUAGAACAACUUCACCAAGCAGUGACUUCACCUCAGCCGCCACCUUUACCUUUAGAAAGCUACAUCUACAAUAUACUCUAUGAGGUUCCUCUUCCUCCAGCAGGAAGGUCAUUAAAAUUUUCAGGUGUUUAUGGACCAAUUGUCUGCCAGAGGCCAAGCACCAGUGAGCUACCAUUAUUUGAUUUUCCGGUUAAAGAAGUUUUUGAAUUGCUUGGAGUAGAAAAUGUGGUUCAACUCUUUACCUGUGCCCUCUUGGAAUUUCAGAUACUGCUUUAUUCACAGCAUUAUCAGAGACUGAUGACUGUGGCAGAGACCAUCACAGCACUGAUGUUUCCAUUUCAGUGGCAGCAUGUGUAUGUUCCUAUCCUUCCAGCAUCCCUCCUUCAUUUUCUAGAUGCUCCAGUUCCUUAUCUCAUGGGUUUGCAUUCUAAUGGGCUGGAUGACAGGUCUAAGCUGGAACUUCCUCAAGAGGCUAACCUGUGCUUUGUGGAUAUAGACAACCAUUUCAUCGAACUGCCAGAAGACCUACCCCAAUUCCCAAAUAAACUUGAGUUCAUUCAGGAAAUUUCAGAGAUACUAAUGGCUUUUGGAAUUCCACCUGAGGGAAACCUUCACUGCAGUGAAAGUGCCUCCAAGAUUAAGAGCCUCAGAGCAUGUGACCUGGUUUCUGAUAAAAGAAAUGGGAACAUAGCAGGAUCACCUUUGAAUUCCUAUGAGCUGCUAAAGGAAAAUGAGACUAUUGCAAGACUCCAAGCACUUGUUAAAAGAACAGGUGUGAGUCUCGAAAAGUUGGAGGUACGAGAGGAGACCAGCAGCAAAAAGGAUCUUAAAAUUCAGUGCGAUGAAGAAGAAUUCAAGAUUUACCAGCUGAACAUUCAAAUCCGUGAAGUUUUUGCCAACCGCUUUACACAGAUGUUUGCAGAUUAUGAAGUAUUUGUUAUUCAACCCAGUCAGGACAAGGAAUCUUGGUUUACAAACAGGGAGCAGAUGCAGAACUUUGAUAAAGCAUCUUUCUUGUCAGACCAGCCUGAACCUUACUUGCCUUUCCUCUCAAGAUUCCUGGAGACCCAGAUGUUUGCAUCUUUUAUUGACAAUAAGAUUAUGUGCCAUGAUGAAGAUGAUAAAGACCCUGUUUUGAGAGUAUUUGAUUCCAGAGUGGAUAAAAUUAGGCUGCUAAACGUUAGGACACCAACUCUGCGAACAUCCAUGUAUCAAAAGUGCACUACCAUUGAUGAGGCUGAGAAAUCUAUUGAAUUAAGGCUAGCAAAAAUAGAUCACACGGCAGUCCACCCGCACUUACUGGACAUGAAAAUUGGACAAGGGAAAUACGAGCUUGGAUUUUUUCCCAAGCUUCAGUCUGAUGUUUUAUCCAUUGGACCAGCAAGCAACAAGUGGACAAAGAGAAAUGCUCCUGCACAGUGGAGACGGAAGGACAGACAGAAGCAACACACAGAGCACCUGCGUCUUGACAAUGAUCAGAGAGAGCACCUGGACUUUUCCAUGUCAGAACUUCCGUUGCAAUUAUGUUUAGUCUGGGACCAGCAUGAUUGGCCCUUCAUGCCCUCUAUAAAAUCUGUGUCAGAACGUUAUCUGAAGUAUAUCCAAGAAGCCAGGAAUCUGGGCAGCACUAUUCGACAGCCCAAACUGUCUAACCUCUCUCCAUCGGUAAUUGCGCAAACAAACUGGAAGUUUGUAGAAGGCUUGUUGAAGGAAUGCCGAAAUAAGACCAAGAGGAUGUUGGUUGAAAAAAUGGGUCGAGAAGCUGUGGAGCUAGGUCAUGGUGAAGUGAAUAUCACAGGUGUGGAAGAGAAUACCCUGAUAGCCAGUCUGUGUGACCUCUUAGAAAGGAUAUGGAGCCAUGGUCUGCAGGUCAAACAGGAUAGAAGCUGUACUGCUUUCAUCUUAGAAGACAGAGCAUCAGUAUACUCUGCUUCAACUCAGAUUUGGGCCUUUCAGACCACCAGACGGCCAACCCUACAUAAGGGAAAGUCUGCUUUGUGGUCUCAUCUGUUACACUACCUAGAAAACAGACAGAGAAAAACUACAUCAGGCAGUUUCAGUACCUCAGGAAUACUUCUUGAUUCAGAGAGGAGAAAGUCUGAUAGCAGUCCAGCCAUGUCACCUCUUAGAAUCUCUCUCGUCCAGGAUAUGAGGCAUAUCCAGAACAUUAGUGAGAUCAAAACAGAUGUUGGGAAGGCCAGAGCCUGGGUUCGUCUCUCUAUGGAAAAGAAGUUGCUUUCUAGGCACCUAAAACAGCUGCUUUCAGACCAUGAACUCACAAAAAAACUCUACAAGCGUUACGCAUUCCUCCGCUGUGAUGAUGAGAAAGAGCAAUUCUUAUAUCAUCUCCUGUCAUUCAAUGCUGUUGAUUACUUUUGUUUUACCAAUGUUUUCACAACAAUCUUGAUACCAUACCAUAUAUUGAUUGUUCCUAGCAAGAAACUUGGUGGCUCAAUGUUUACAGCCAAUCCUUGGAUCUGUAUCUCGGGAGAACUGGGUGAAACAGGAGUCCUGCAGAUACCCAGGAAUAUAUUAGAAAUGACUUUUGAGUGCCAGAACCUGGGAAAACUGACCACAGUGCAGAUAGGACAUGAUAAUUCAGGGCUGUAUGCCAAGUGGCUAGUGGAAUAUGUUAUGGUCAGAAAUGAAAUAACAGGGCAUACUUACAAGUUUCCCUGUGGAAGAUGGCUUGGAAAAGGAAUGGAUGAUGGCAGCUUAGAAAGGAUCCUGGUGGGAGAGCUGCUGACUUCCCACACUGAGGUUGAUGAGCGGCAGUGCCGAACCCCUCCUUUGCAGCAGUCACCAAGCAUGAUCAGAAGAUUUGUCACUAUAUCACCAAACAAUAAGCCAAAGUUAAAUACUGGUCAGAUACAAGAAGCUAUUGGUGAAGCUGUAAAUGGUAUUGUUAAGCAUUUCCACAAGCCAGAGAAGGAGAGAGGCAGUCUGACAUUGUUGCUGUGUGGAGAAAGUGGACUUGUUUCAGCUCUUGAGCAAGUGUUUCAACAUGGAUUUAAAUCACCAAGACUCUUCAAAAAUGUCUUUAUUUGGGACUUUUUAGAAAAAGCACAAACAUACUAUGAGACCCUUGAGCAAAAUGAGAUGGUUCCAGAAGAGAACUGGCAGACAAGGGCCAGGAAUUUCUGUCGCUUUAUCACUGCUAUCAACAACACCCCUAGAAACAUUGGGAAGGAUGGCAAGUUUCAGAUGCUGGUGUGUCUUGGAGCCAGAGACCACCUUUUGCAUCACUGGAUCGCCCUGCUUGCAGACUGCCCGAUUACAGCACAGAUGUACGAAGACAUAGCACUGAUAAAGGAUCAUACUCUUGUGAAUUCUUUGAUUCGAGUGCUGCAGACCUUGCAGGAGUUUAACAUUACGCUGGAGGCAUCUCUUGUCAAAGGAAUUGAUAUUUGACCUCUUGUCCCACAGGAACAAACUACCUUUAAAAACAAACAAACAAAAAAGCAAAAAGGAGUGAAUCUUGUUAGUAUGCAAAAGUUCUGUCUUGCCAGUACGUUGUAUCGUGGACUUGUUCAUGGCCCUAAAAUGCGACUUUGACUUUUCUUGAAGGAAACUCCCAAAACAGUACAGGCACAUGGAUAGAAGCUGUAAACUCAAUGUAAAAAAGAGGAUUUUGGUAUAAAUCUAUUUUAGAGUUUAUUUGCUGAUUUGCUUUUUACACACUUUCAUGUGAAAGAGAUAGAGAUGAGUAUUGUGCAGCUUAUUUUAAAGCUGCAGUAUUUCCUUGCCAUAGAAGAUGUGCAGUGAGCCUUUCAGCAUUCUGUGAACUUGCCUUCAGAUAUGCUGUAUGUCAUAGAUUCCAAUGUAUACACUCCAUUUCUGCUGAAAAGGUCAUUCUAUAGUUUUUAAACUAGUAUUUUAUAUAUUAACAUUAUUACCAAUGUUUGAUUUUUAACGUAUUGGGUCAUGUUCUGCUGCAAGGGAACUACAAAUCUGAUGUGUGCUUUUUUUAAUAGCUCCAAAGCACUGAUUUGUCAACAGAUCAUUUUUUUUUUUCAUUUAUUUUUGUUGUCAGUAUUAUUUUUAGUGAAAUCCAGGAGACUGAACCAUGAAAGGUGCAGAGAUCAAAGUAAUAUUUUUCAUAUUGGUACGUAAUUGCACAGAUGAAAUUAAGUGUGUUUUUUAACUGAUGUUUUUUAUUUAUUUAAUCUGUCAUUGUGUUUUGUAAGUUUGUCUUUAAAAAACCCAAACAACUUCUAUGAUACAACUAGCUGUAUUAUGUUGCAAUUCUGGAUUUACAGUGCAGCCCACUUAAAUGAAAAACCUGGAAUAAUCGUUCAUAUACAAAAAUGUUUCACUUGAACCAGCCUUUUGAAGUUUGGUAUAUAGUUGCUGCUGGUAAUUCUCUUAACUGUUAAUAAAGAUGGACAUAAGUUCCCCAAAUGCCAAAUGAUUAAAUAAACAUGUUUAUUCCCCCUUGAAAUAAUAAUGGUAUACUUUACUAACACAUAUAAUAUCUUAAUUUUUAUGAAAAGACAGUGAGUGUUAAGGUUUUUUCUUUUUCUUUUCAGUGAAUAUGUCUUGGGUCCUGUUAUCAUAGUCUGCGUCAUUUGGGAUGCUUCUGUUUUUAGCAGAGAAAGCUUUAGUCCACUUCUACAAUAAAACACAAGCAUUCUGAAAGCUUAAUUUAUUGGAGAUCUGGAACUUGGCAAAUGCCUAAAGGCAUGUCUGUUCAUUUGGAUCCUCUGAUAAAAAUCUCUUUGAAAUGAAUAUGUGACCUAAGAACAGGCUGAUUUAUCAGCAUCGCAAAUUACUGUACAGAAAUUCAGGGCUAUACAUUUAAGAGGUCUCCACUGUAUAAACUUAUCUCAGUAUUGUCUCUGUUUUGAGAAGCAGAAUCCAAGUGUUUUAGCUCAUACAAUGUUGUAGCACCUUUUCUUUACCUACAUCUUAGUCACAUCUUGUGAUAGUUUUAUUUCCAUAAUUUAUAAGUAUAGAACAUGUAUUAAAUUUUUGGCUAUUUUUACUUUUGUCUUAUUUAUUUCAUUAUUAAACUAAGAAGUUCCUUUGUCACUA